CGCGGCGCCGAUUGCGUUUUGCAGUGCGUCGUUGACGAGAAGCAGAAGCCGGUGGGCACGCGGUUUUCUCUGACGGGAGCGACGGCAAGGAGAGAGCAGGCGGGCAGGCACCGACCUCAGAUUCUGCUUCCACUGUAACACAAACUAAUAGCAAAAAUGCCUUCCGAUUUGGCCAAGAAAAAGGCAGCCAAAAAGAAGGAAGCAGCAAAGGCUCGUCAGCGUAAGCCUAAAGCCACAGAAGGUACUGAGGAAAAUGGUGAUCUUGGCACAGAUGAAGUGGAAAAUUCCAAAACACAGAUUAAUGGGUCUUCUGGUCACGAUGCAGGCUUGGCUCAUGUUAUCAAUGAGCUGGAUGAGUUUGAGCUGAAGAAAGCAGCAGCCCGGGCAGUCACAGGAGUCUUGGCCUCUCAUCCCAAUAGUACAGAUGUUCAUAUUAUUAAUCUGUCACUCACAUUUCAUGGUCAAGAGCUACUGAGUGACACCAAGCUGGAGCUGAAUACUGGCCGUCGCUAUGGAUUGAUUGGUCUCAAUGGCACUGGCAAAUCCAUGCUGCUGUCUGCUCUAGGUCAUCGGGAGUUACCGAUACCAGAACCCAUCGACAUUUACCACCUUACACGAGAAAUGCCACCUAGUGACAAUACACCACUGGAUUGUGUGGUCGAGGUUGACAAGGAGCGCAUCAAUUUGGAGAAAGAGGCAGAGCGUCUGGCCCAUGAAGACUCUGAAUGCGAGAAACUUCUACAAAUCUAUGAACGUUUGGAAGAGUUGGAUGCGGAUAAGGCAGAAAUGCGAGCUUCACGGAUUCUACAUGGUCUUGGGUUUUCACCAGCCAUGCAACGGAAAAAGAUGAAGGAUUUCAGUGGCGGUUGGAGAAUGAGAGUAGCUCUUGCCAGAGCUUUGUUCAUCAAACCCUUCAUGCUACUGUUGGAUGAGCCCACUAAUCAUCUUGAUCUGGAUGCCUGUGUGUGGCUCGAGGAAGAACUGAAAUCGUUCUCAAGGAUUCUUGUGCUGAUAUCUCAUUCCCAGGAUUUUUUGAAUGGAGUUUGCAACAAUAUUAUUCAUAUGCAUAAUCGGAAGCUCAAGUACUAUACAGGCAACUAUGACCAGUAUGUAAAGACCAGAUUAGAACUGGAAGAGAACCAGAUGAAACGAUUUAAUUGGGAGCAAGAUCAAAUCACUCAUAUGAAGAACUACAUUGCACGUUUUGGGCAUGGCAGUGCUAAAUUGGCAAGGCAAGCACAGAGCAAAGAGAAAACCCUGCAGAAGAUGAUGGCUUCUGGGCUGACUGAGAAAGUAAUCAGUGAUAAGACUUUAUCAUUCUAUUUCCCAUCAUGUGGGAAGAUUCCUCCUCCGGUUAUUAUGGUGCAGAAUGUGAGCUUCAAGUACACAAAUGAUGGGCCUUUGAUCUACAAGAAUCUAGAAUUUGGUAUUGAUUUGGAUACCAGGGUGGCCUUGGUUGGGCCAAAUGGAGCUGGGAAGUCAACAUUACUCAAACUGCUAGCCGGUGAUCUCUUGCCUUGCGAUGGAAUGAUUCGAAAGCACUCGCACGUCAAGAUCGGGAGAUACCAUCAGCAUUUGCAAGAUCAGUUGGACUUGGACCUCUCCCCUUUGGAUUACAUGAUGAAGUGCUAUCCAGAAAUCAAAGAAAAGGAGGAGAUGCGGAAAAUCAUUGGGCGCUAUGGGCUCUCAGGGAAGCAGCAGGUGAGUCCCAUCCGAAACCUGUCGGAUGGACAGAAGUGUCGAGUGUGCUUUGCCUGGCUGGCUUGGCAGUCUCCUCACAUGCUGUUUCUUGAUGAGCCCACAAAUCACCUGGAUAUUGAGACUAUUGAUGCCCUUGCUGAUGCUAUCAAUGAGUUUGAGGGCGGUAUGAUGCUGGUCAGCCACGACUUCAGGCUCAUUCAACAGGUAGCACAGGAGAUCUGGGUGUGUGAGAAGCAGACAAUCAGGAAGUGGCAAGGCGGUAUCCUGUCCUACAAGGAGCAUCUGAAAUCAAAGAUGUUGGGUGACAAUCCUCAAAGCAGCAGGAAGACUCCCUGUGCCUGAUGUAUCAGCAGCAACUUGGUAUCGACAUUAGGAAAAUUUCUAUAAAGUGUUACAGAUUAUCCCCAAGGGGCUUGACACAGCAGUGUGGGUGCAGCUGAGCUUAAGCAUGCUAGACAAUUAAAAAUCAAGUGCAGAAAUCACUGUUCAUAAGGUUACUAAUCCUAGAAGCUGUAGUUCUCAUCUGGUUAGGGUGGGACAGGAAGGGCUGAAAAACACUUCAUCCUCCAAUGGAGGAUUGCCUGCUUCAGUUUGGACUGAUGUGGCCACUGCCUGUCUCAACCCCUUAUCUUGCUGCAAUGCACCUCUAUUCUUGGAAAAUCUGACCUCUUGCCUCAUAUUUUGUGCCAAGCCCCAAGAUUUUUCUGGCCCCACUGUGCUUCAGCACUUUCUUUGGAGGGGGUUGAUUUGUUCCAUUCUUGAACCGUUCCUCAAAUUAAGCUGUUGAGCCCAUUGUUUUUUACAGGAAUGAAUAUUUAGAAAGUGGGAUUGGGGGUUGUUAUGGCAUGAAUGCUUGUUCCCUGUGACCUUUAGCCCUGAACAGGCAGGGCUGUAGUGUUUUCCAAGAAGAGGAAGUGUCCUUUGCAGUGACAAAUCCUAACAUCUGCAUGCUGCACCUACUGCAACAGACCAGGAACUAAACAUUCUCUGCUGUUCAGGCUGGAUAUAGGGUGUUGCACAUUUGCUGAAAGGAAUGGGUGCAUUGUUGUCUGAUUAAUGCAAUCAGUUUACACCCACAGCUCCACAUUCUUUUGUAGCUUUUCUCAAAGAAGAACACCUGUGGCUUCUCUCAAAGAAACCAUCCAAAGAUUAUGGUUCUGAUGGCCAAUUCCAAUUAAAUUCUAUAUUAAUGUUUUGCUCAUUUUUGUAAGAAUGCUUUUAACUUGUUGCACUGUCACAAUACCUCCCCCAGCACCCGAAAGUGGUGCUCUCAAGUGAAAGUUUGAGAGAACCACAAGCUAUUUAUUUGUGGUUGAUGCACAGUUGUAACCCUUGCUGCAAGGACAAUACAGAGUGAAGUGUGGUUUCUAUUUAAGCUUCAGGAAUCUGUUCCACGUCCCUUUUAAACUUCUAUGGAAUCUGAGUAAAAAUUCACAUUUCUUUUGCCACUGUGUGAUAGCUGCCCUGUAGCAUAAUGAUCCUUUCAAUGUGAAAGGUUGUAAUCCAUACUGUAGUAUCACCCAAACUAAAAUUGUAGGUUUUCUGGAAAGGGGACUGGAAGUAAUCUUUCAAUAUUAACUUUGGGAUGAUCCCUAUAUCUGCUUGCUUAAACAGUCCUUUGUUCUAUUGUGUAUGGACACUGCUCUUGGUCAUUGUCCCAUAAUCCAUGAGAAAUGUAUGGCUUCCAUUCUUUUCUCAGCUGUUUAUUUGCUAAACCAGUGUCUGCCAUUACUCUGUUGUGUUCCAAAGUGGUGAAUGCUUAGAUCAGCACCAACAUUUUCUUUGUAAAAGUCUUCCAAGUUUUGAUCUUGGGUAUGCUUGACAAUGGAGGUAAACUUAGGGGCCUUGCUCAUGGGGAUGCAAAACAGUCUGGAAUUUGCAUGUAUUAUUUCCUUUCUUUGCCUUUCCCAAUUCUUACUUUCCUACCCAAUCCCAUAAAGAAGAGCAUUCUAUUCCAAUAAUAACUGCAUUGUAAAAGACAAGGUUUAGAGAUCCUUAUCAGGGCUGAACAUCUGUUUGUUUUGGAGGAUAUUUCAGACAUCCUGCCUUUGGAAGUUCGAUGGAGCUUCCCAGACUGUUCAAGGGUUGAGUCCAUUCUUUCCUAAUGAGAUUAUUUUGGAGAUGAGUGGAUUGGACACUUCCCAGGAGUUCCAGAACAUGCUUAGUUCUGCCUCUCCCUACCACCUUGCUGAAAUAAAUCUUGGCAUGGGACUCGUGAGAUUUAACUCUGGCCAUAGUGCAAUGGGGGGGGGGGGGCGGGAGAGUGCUUGGACAGCUUUUCUUACUUAAAACAGAAACAGUGCAUUUUCUCACCCCAUCACUCACUUUGGUCUCACCACUAACCUACCAAUGCUGUACCCCAGUAUUAGUGAGUUAAUGAUCAAACUGUUCCCUCCAGUACUCCAGUCCAACACCACACAAUUUGGAGCAUUCUCCAGUAUGAUUAUUUUGAAAGGACAUUAUAGUUGGGCUUUUGUCACCUAUCCUAAACAUGGUAUCAUUGGCAUUGUUUAUGGAUCCUGCGAUGUCUUGCAGUAAUGAUUCUGAUGUAUUUUAUUUUUAAAAUGUAUUGGACACUUGAAUCCCUUGCAGUAAAGAGCACCCAGUUAUGUGGAGAUGGUGAUUGCAGAUUGUCUGGUUUCAGCAUUAUAUUUUGGGAAAAAUAAAGUUUACUGGAGAAUGUUUCUAAUCCUA